AUGCACUGUCGACUCUCCGAGGAUCCUAUGCGAAAUGUCUCCGCUGGUCAGGGUGCUGAAGUGCUUUUUUCUGUUCAAGAGACUCCCAGUGGGGACAACAGUUUGCUUGCCAAUUCUCCCGAUGAUGCGAACUCGCAAUCCGGCGUUAGUCACUACGGUCCCGAAGUGAACCAUUUCGAGCUGCCAGCAUGGUGGCCCUGCCACGUACAACGAGUGCGUGACGAAGUUGCCGUAGUCAAACUAGAUGUCAAACCAAUGCCAAAUGCAUCUGCCGCGGAUCAGGCUGUUUGCAAUCAGCUGUCGACCAUCACGGAUAUAGUGAAUCGAACCUCCAUCAGACAAUCAGCGACAGAUGCACCCCAUCUCACUUCAGAUACUAUCCUCCGGCAUUGCAUUGAAAUUCCAAAGGAACUGGCCGAUUUUGCAUCCGAUACUUCUGUUCAUGCUGAAUUUGUCAAGCACUGUGGAGGUCCCACCAGUUUGUUUUACGAUGCUGAAGCCGGCUGCCUUGUAGUGCUUAGCACGGAUAAAGACACGAUAAAUAAUGUCGUACUCUUAGAAGACACACACCUGAAAAUGCUCAGACAGAAAUGGGCUAUCACGCGGAGUCUGCGACAAACAAUGCGAACCCUUGAGGUUAAUCGAGGUCCGGAUAAUUUACGGUCUGCAAUGGCUCAUUCAAGGAGUAGUGGUGACUGGGAUACCGAUCCGUCCGUUGUGGUGGAAAAGUUUUACGUCCCUCAGCGCCUAAUGGGCCUAGCCAUCGGUUCCCACGGUGCGAAUAUUCGAGCGGCCCGUGAAAUACCCGGUGUCAUAUCGAUUCGCGUCCGAGAAUCCAAUAUGCCGGGUUGGAGAGGUGGAACGGCUGGGAUGGAACCGGUCGGUGACAAUGGGUAUGCUGCCCUGAUUGUUGUGGAAGCAAAGAACGCGGAGGCUGCCAAACAAGCUCGCGCCAAACUGGAAUUUGUGGAACUCUAUCUGGGGGUUCCACAACAGUAUGUUGCUCGGCUUAUUGGUCGGCGGACAACAAAUAUCCUCUCAGUGGUUGAAAAAUCUGGAGUGGUCAGUAUUCAUCUGGACAAUCAAACUCAGUGUCCCUCAGAUGACGAGGAGGUCCUCAACAUAGGCCACUUAAAUUUGAAUUAUCCUGGAGCCCCGUCGACUGACAUGCGACGCAUAUUUCUACGAGCUGGCGGCUCGCAAGCGGUUACACAGCCACCGACUGAUGAACGAUAUUGUGGUUUCAUCCUAUCUGGAACACGGGAUUCGGUGGAAAAAGCUCGAUUGCUCAUCAGUUUCCAAUUGGAUUAUAUUUAUGAUUUGGAGAAAAUGGAAGUGAGUGUUGUUCUUCCUUCUUGGAGACAGUAUUGCAUUUUGCGUGGUCAUCAAAUUGUACGAGCGUAUUACUAUGCUGUUUCAUGA